CUCUGCCUUCUUUGUGGGGGAAAAAUGUCUUGCACGGAGAGACUGAGUAUGCACCCAAAGCUGAACAUUUUUGUUCCAGCCCCUGCAGACAUCUGGAUCCCCGAAAUCCUGGCAGCGUAGCCAGUCCACUUGCUGCCAGAAGCAACUUAUUUUCCACAACGAUCCCAGUAUGGUUUACAGUGGACACAAAGGGCUGCAGAUAGAAGACACUUUAGAUGAAUACUUCGAAUACGAAGCAGAGGAGUUCCUGGUCAACUUGGCCUUGCUCAUUACUGAAGGGAGAACACCGGAAUAUUCUGUCAAGGGCCGAACCGAAGGCUUCCACUGCCCGCCAGCCCAAUCGGGGCAGCCGGUAACAACCAAGCAUGAAUGCAGCGACAAACUCUCCCAGUGUCGUCAAGCUAGACGCACUAGGUCUGAGGUCACACUGCUGUGGAAAAAUAAUAUUCCUAUCAUGGUUGAAGUGAUGCUACUUCCAGACUGUUGCUAUAGCGAUGAAGGCCCCCCCACAGAAGGGAACGACUUGAACGAUCCCGCUGUCAAGCAAGACGCCUUGUUACUAGAGAGGUGGAUUUUGGAGCCGGGUUCCCCAUUGUUUAAGUGCUUCAUUGAGCUGCUUCACACGGAUCCUCAGUUCUACGCAAUAUUCCUUUACAGUGGCGUAAUAAUGCCUAAUCUGCAGUGGACUUUUCCCCAGAUCACUUCACCGAGCAUUUUUUUUCCCCGCUCCAAUGUUUCUCACAACGUAUCCUUGAAAGUGCAGGCGGUCCAGUCCCUAAGCCGACAAUCUAAUCCACCCGCAUCUCUGACCUGCAGUAUUCACACCAACCUUGGCUUUUAUGAAAAAAGGGUGGAGGGGCACGGGGGACAUCAACACUGUGAGUCAGAGCAGUGCAAUACGCCCGCCUCCCAGCGCUUGUGCGGUGAACGGCUGUGGACCGAAGGUGUGCCCAGUGCCACAGCCCCUGAAUUGGGCACAGGUGUCCGAACGCUGAAGCUUUUUCCAUCGGCAGGGCUCGGGUCGGACUUCAGGGCACCAGAGUGUAGGCUUCCGUGUUACACGACUACUGUUGAGAGUAAGAAACUCUCCCAGGAAACCUCGGAAAGAGCACUGAAGCCUUCAGCUGACUCCCGUAAUGGCUUCUCUUCCCAUCAUUCGUUCGGGGAUUCUAUUCCGCUGAUAGGCUCUUUGCUCCAAGAGCGGCACGAGGUGAUAGCUAGAAUCGCCCAGCACUUGAUUCACUGUGAUCCAGCGACGUCACCUGUCACAGGGCGGCCGUUCAACGCGAACGAAACGGGCCUGGUUACUCCUCGGAAAGCUAAAUUCCGGCAGUCGCUAAAGAAGAGUGAAGGCUUGUUGAGAAAAGGAAAGGAACUCUUCUCCGGUUCUGCUGCUAACUCGGAACUGGCUUCGCCAGAAAACAACUAUGUAGGAAAAGCCCGAAUGAUACCAGAAACACCAUUCUCUAACCCUCAGAGCCCCGUAAUCCAGCGCUCCCGCCAAACUAUAGAGGAAGCUAACCCACUGAUAAGCUCUUUACUUCAAGAGCGGCAGGAGGUGAUCGCAAGGAUCGCCCAACACCUGAUUCACUGUGAUCCACCAACUUCACAUGUUCCCCAUCCUGUGUUUAAUGUGCAUGAAAUUAGUUCAGUUAAUUCAAAGGGUUUUCAAAGCUCCAGAGAAGACGACAGCCUGCCAAAGAAAGGCAGGGACUCUUUGUCCGAUUCCUUCUCUCCUUCCAGGUUGAGUUCAUUGGAAGACAACCUAAAAGCAAAAGGUAAAAUACCAGCAACCCCUCCGAGUUCUUUUAGAUGCGGCACUGAAUUGAAAGUAUCUCCAAAACCCCAAGAAAGAAGAAUAGUAAUUGCUUUUUAUGGAGCUCCAACAGCUUCAGCCAAGACCCUGAAACAACGAAAAUAUUUGCUAACAGAGACUCCCAGCUCACGAAACUCCAAAACGAACUAUGAAAUCCAAAAAUGUUUGCAGAAGAAACCCGUGGAAGACGGCUCGGCUCCUUGUGAACAAAAGAGGAACGGAGAAGUGCUGAGAACAAUACCACUUAAACAGGUUUGGCGGAGAAACCAUUUUUUCCCAUUUGAUGGAUCUCCUACCAAGGCUUUCCAUCCUCGAACUGGGUUGCCUCUGCUUUCAAGCCCUAUUCCUGAAAGAAAAACACGUUCUGGUUGUUUUGAUCUUGAUGCGUCACUGUUACAACUGAAAUGUCUGUCCUCCAAAAGUCCACAACAUUGUUUAAGCAAAGAGAAUGACCCAGAUGCCCACGAGAAACCAUUUCUGAGUUCCAGCGCACCACCUGUCACAAGUCUUAGCCUCCUUGGGAACUUUGAGGAGUCUGUGCUGAACUAUCGUUUAGAUCCUCUGGGCAUUGUGGACGGCUUCACCGCCGAAGUGGGAGCAAGCGGCAUGUUCUGUCCAACACACAUGACUCUUCCAGUUGAAGUUUCGUUCUACAGUGUGUCUGAUGACAACGCCCCCUCUCCCUAUAUGGGCGUAAUUGCUCUAGAAUCGCUCGGUAAAAGGGGUUAUCGAGUACCUCCUUCAGGAACAAUACAAGUGACCUUAUUUAAUCCUAACAAGACUGUGGUGAAGAUGUUUGUGGUGAUCUACGACUUGCGAGAAAUGCCAGCCAAUCAUCAAACAUUCCUACGGCAAAGAACCUUUUCUGUCCCCGUGAGACGAGAAACAAAGAGAAGUAUCCUGAAAGAAAACACUCGGCGUUCUGAAGAAAGGCUACUUCGCUACCUCAUUCAUCUGAGGUUCCAGAGUUCUAAGUCUGGAAAGAUCUACCUCUACAGAGACGUAAGGCUCCUGUUCUCUCGGAAAUCCAUGGAAGUCGACAGCGGUGCCGCGUACGAACUCAAAUCUUACACUGAAUCUCCGACAAAUCCUCAGUUUUCACCCAGAUGCUAGUGAGGACGAACCGUGAAAAAGUGUGGCGGGCUGACAGUUUAGAAGAUGGGAGGAUCUGGCGUAAGACCUGUUGUUUAAAGGUUUGAAUAGAGAAGUGAGUGAAAAGAUGGUCAAGUGAGCACUGAGGCUCUCCUGGACCAGUUUUUGGAAAGACUUCUUGAACAAGCGUUUGUGUAUUCCAAGUAGACUGGAAAAUACUUAAGUCCUAAUCUUGUUUUUAUACUGGUUUUAAACCACUUCAUUGGAUGUGUUGCAAUAGCAGAUCCCCAAAUUAGUUUAGUGUUUACACCUUUAUUUUAUUUUAUUUGUUUUUGGCUAUUUAAUAUUUAAUGUGUCUUUUACUUCAGUGAUGUUUGUCUUUACAGUUCUAAUGUAGCACAAAUCCUAUGUAAAAUCAUACUAUGUAUUUUUGACAUUACUAUUGAAAUCUGAAAUAUAUACAAAAGUCUUUACUUUGCUGUGUGACGUGUUUUUAAGUGAUAUUUAAGCUGCUUACAAUAAGGAUGGGUUUUUUGAAGUUCUGUUGGCGUCUAACUAUCAUACUAUGCAAGCAUGUCGGGGAAGGCUGGGCUGUGCUUUCUUCAUGCAUCUCAUUCUUUCCCCCCUCACAUGGGUCCCACGGCAACAUAUAACACCAUCACUCUGCAAAACUAUUUGGUGGCUCAUUUCGAACAUUCACCCCAACUCAUAAUCUAGCAGUUCCUCCCUCCCCUCCGAAAGACCUUCCCUCAAAAGCAUUUCAUUUUGUCUUAACUGGGAUUGAAACUUUACACAACACUGCUGUUCCGUACCUGACUUCAGACUGUGUUGUUGUUGUUGUUGUUUUUU